CACCUCUUAAAUGUAUAGCCAUCUGCAAUAAUACGGAAAGAAGUAGAAGAAUCAAAUUCAUAGAAGAAGAAAAUGGCUGAAAAGAUUUCUGACAGUGACAGCGAUGUGGAAGUGCCUGUCUCUGUUAAGCCCCAACCCAAACGACGUCGCAUUGAUCCAUCAUCUAUUUCCUCUGUGUCUGUUUACUCAAACAAGGUAAACAGCAGUUUACAACUGAAGCCGACGGCCUUUAUCCAAAGUGAUACAGCGGGUGGAAACACAGAAGCCAGUUUGCGUGUUCAGUCAGAAAAGAAACCUAUCUGUAUAGUCUUAUCUGACUCAGAGGAGGAGUCAGAGGAACUAGAAAAGAGUACACCUCGAAUAGACAUUCGCUCCCCCUCUCCACCCCCACCUCCAGAUAGCCCAGCAAUGAAAGUAUCCAAGCGUGCCAAUCAAAAGAUCCGAGAGAUCGAUAGAAAGUUAGAUGCGAUUGGCUCUCUCCUCUCACCUCCACCGGAGGUUAAGGCCAUAGAGCUUGAAUACCCCACCCAGCUUGAUGACACUGAUGACGAUGAGAACAUCAUCCUAUCUGCAAGCAAGGCCAGGUCCAGGAGCCAGCCCCCCACCAAAGUGGAAAUCCCGCUGACAUCGCGCGAGUUCAUGCUCAAGUUCCGCUGUCGUACAGAUCUUUACAAGAUCCCAGUGAUUUCUACAGCCCCCCUGAGCAAGGCAGUGGAUCAGCUGUCAGCGAAGCUCAAGGUCCCGCCGUCACGGAUUCUACUGCUGAGGAGUGAUACUGAGCUUCCUGUACACUCCUCAGCCAAUGAACUGGGCCUGGGAAUUGUGGACAUCAUAGAUUGUGUCAUCCUAGCAGCAGAUGAGAAAUUGGACCCCAUGGACAAAGGUGGCAUGAUCACUCUGCGACUGCAGGGUAAGGAGAAAGGCUCAGUGCAGGAGUUUUCCAUACAUAAAUGUGCUCCUCUAGGUUCAAUUCUCACCCAGUAUCUUUCAAAUGUUGUCACUGAUGCAAGGCGAAAAGUGCACUUCCUGUUUGAUGGGUCAAAGGUCACAAAUAUCCAGACACCAUCCCAACUGGACAUGGAGGAUGGUGAUGUUAUUGAGGUGUGGGCCUGAUCAUUGACUGUUGAUGCAAGGAAUACUGGUGCAAGUUUUCUCCCUUCGGCAACAUACCGAAGACACACAACUAAGACUGAAUAUAUAUUGAACCACUUUUUGGGGUCCACUUCAAUUUAAGCAUUUCACAAUUUCAAACAUAAAUGACAUGCUUAAAAUAAACCACAAUUGCGCCUUUGUUUUCUUAGUGGUGGAAAUGUGUGCACCAAUUUUAGAUUUUUUCAUCUGUAUUAGUGUGUUUAUAAACAAAGUAUUUGGAAAUUGUUUUGGAAUUAAAAUAUGGCUGGUCAACUCUUAGUCUAGAUAAUGUAUGUAAUAAGAUCUAAUGGAACUGUGUAACUGAAUGCAAAUGUACAUAAUUUUGUGGAUAAAGUUAUUUUCGAAAAGGU